AGGAGGAGGGGGCUCCUCAGGGAAGAGGAGGAGGGCAAGAUGAAGGAGCCCCGGAGGUGGUGGCGUUCCUGAGAGAAAGAGGAAAGGACGGCCGAGUCGGCGCUGGGAAGGGAAGAAGGAGGCUCCCUUUGGACCAUGGGGCUCUGCCAGGGCUUGGCCGGGCUCCUCUGCCUCCUCCUCCUGGCCCUCCUCGCCUCCAGCAGCUGGGCACUCCGCCUGCACCCCAAGCAAGAGACUUUGGUGAAACAUUUGUCAUCAUAUGAAAUAGUGACCCCUACACGAGUGAAUGAGUUUGGAGAUGCUUUUCCACACACUCACCACUUUAAAAGGAGGAAAAGAAGUAUGGACGCACAAGUGGAGUCCAUUUCGUUUAGGACUCAUUACCGCUUCAAUGCCUAUGGACAGGUUUUCCAGCUGAAUUUGAGUGCUGAUACAAGUUUCAUUGCUCCUCACUAUGUUGAGGUGCAUUUGGGGUCCACACAAAAGCAUGCAACCUCAGAUCUGCACCAUUGCUUCUUCCGUGGGCAUGUCAAUGCACAGGAAAUACACACAGCAGUCUUCAGUCUCUGUGGUGGCCUGAUGGGCACAUUUAGAUCCCAUGAUGGAGAAUACUUUCUAGAACCUUUGGUGACAGAAGAUGACUAUGAAGAUGACCAUAAAAAGCCACAUCUUAUAUAUAGACAUGAAGAAUUUAAGAAAGAUUUUUACCAGAAUUCCUAUAAACCAUGUGAAACUUCAGAAGACCCAAAGAAAAGCACUUUACCAUUUCCAUAUGAGAGCAGCUUAAUGAAAACUAUAAAUAUCCUUCAGGAGCAUACAGUUGUAGAAUAUGCUUCUAAAAACCUGUCCAUAGACAGAAGCAAUCCACAUUCCCGGAGGAAACGUUUCCUAUCCUAUCCAAGAUAUGUAGAGGUGAUGGUUACAGCUGAUGCUAGAAUGGUUCAGCACCAUGGACGGAACUUACAGCAUUAUGUACUAACAUUAAUGUCAAUAGUUGCAACAAUCUACAAAGAUGCAAGUAUAGGAAAUCAAAUAAAUAUAAUAAUUGUAAAAUUAAUUGUAGUUCACAAUGAACAGGAAGGACCAGCUAUCAGUUUUAAUGCAGCUACUACUCUUCGCAAUUUCUGUUUAUGGCAACAAACCCAAAACAUUUUAGAUGAUAGUCAUCCUUCUCACCAUGACACUGCAGUUCUCAUCACCAGGGAAGAUAUCUGCAGAGCUAGAGAGAAAUGUGACACCUUAGGUUUGGCUGAAUUAGGCACAAUGUGUGACCCAUUGCGCAGCUGUUCUAUUAGUGAAGAAAAUGGAUUAAGUGCUGCAUUUACAAUAGCUCAUGAACUUGGGCAUGUGUUUAAUAUUCCACAUGAUGAUAGCUUUAAAUGUAAAGAAGUUGGAAUUAAGUAUCAAUAUCAUGUAAUGGCUCCAACUUUAAACUACCACUCCAGUCCAUGGACUUGGUCAAAAUGCAGCCAGAAAUACAUCACUGAGUUUCUAGAUACUGGUUAUGGAGAAUGCCUUCUAGACAUACCAAAUGGAAGAAUCUAUGACUUUCAGUCACAGUUGCCUGGUUCCCUGUAUGAUGUAAAUGAACAGUGUGAGCUUAUGUUCGGUCCUGGCUCACAAGUAUGUCCGUAUAUGAAACAAUGCAAACGUUUAUGGUGUACAAGUGCAGAAGGUAUACAUAAGGGUUGCCGUACACAGCACAUGCCACUGGCUGAUGGAACAGAAUGCGGCCAUGGAAUGCAUUGCCGCCAUGGAAUUUGUGUAAGCAAAGAAAUGGAAAAGCUUCCUGUGGAUGGACAGUGGGGAUCCUGGGGACCUUACAGUUCAUGUACCAGAACUUGUGGAGGCGGUAUCAAAAGUACAACCAGAUUGUGUAAUCGACCUGAGCCAAAACAUGGCGGAAAGUACUGUGUGGGCCGCAGGAUGAAGUUUCGAUCAUGUAACACUGAUACAUGUCCUAAGGGCAGAAAAGAUUUUCGAGAACAGCAAUGCUCAGACUUUGAUGGUAAACAUUUUAACAUCAAUGGAUUAACAUCUACUGUACGCUGGCUUCCAAAAUAUAGUGGCAUUUCCAUGAAAGAUCGCUGUAAGCUUUUUUGCCGCGUUUCUGGCACAACAUCAUAUUUUCAGCUGAAAGACAGAGUUGUUGAUGGUACUCCAUGUGGACCAGAUACGCAUGAUUUAUGUGUCCAAGGCUUAUGCAGGCAAGCUGGCUGUGAUCAUGUCUUAAACUCCAAAGCGAGAAGAGAUAAAUGUGGCAUCUGUGGUGGUGACAACACAUCAUGUAGGAUUCUUGCUGGUACUUUCAACAGUGCACAUUAUGGCUAUAAUAGCGUAAUAAAAAUUCCCAUAGGAGCAACAAACCUUGAUAUACGUCAGCACAGCUAUUCAGGGAAGCCAGAAGAUGACAAUUACCUUGCAUUAUCCAAUACUCAGGGGAAUUUCUUCCUGAAUGGAAAUUUUGUUGUCAGCCUGUCUAAAAAGGAAAUCAAUAUAUAUGGAGCUAAUUUUGAGUAUAGUGGUUCAAAUAAUACUGUGGAAAGAAUAAAUAGUACUGGCCGGCUUGAAGAGGACAUUCUUUUGCAGGUAUUAUGUGUAGGUAAUUUGUAUAAUCCCGAUGUUCGCUAUUCAUUCAGCAUUCCUAUAGAAGAGGGAAAUGAUCUGUUUACUUGGGACCCAUAUGGGCUUUGGCAGGACUGCAACAAAAUGUGUCAAGGUCUUCGCAGGAGGAAGGUAACAUGCAUACGAAGGAGUGAUCAUCUGCUAGUAUCUGAUCAAAGAUGUGAGCAUAUAACACCUCCCAAAGCUCUAACUGAACAGUGUAAUACAGAAUGUGAAUUAAGGUGGCAUAUCAUUGGCAAAAGUGAAUGCUCAACUCGGUGUGGCCCAGGGUUUCGGUCUUUAGACAUCCACUGUAUGAAGUACUCUGUUUCAAAGGGACUGAAUGUUCCAGUGGAUGAUAAAUACUGUGCUGAUCAGCAGAAACCCCCAGUCCGAGAAGUCUGUCAUGGAGACUGUCUUCAGGCAAGCUGGCAUUACACAGAAUGGUCAGAGUGUUCUCGGAGUUGUGGACGAGGUGUGAGAAAAAGAGAAUCUUUUUGUAUGAACAACUUUGGCCGUCGGCUUGCAGACACGGAAUGCCAUGAACUUCCAAAGAUUGUUACUCAGAGCUGUAAUGAGUUCUUCUGUCCCCAAUGGAUUGCUAGUGACUGGAGUGAGUGUCCUGUGACUUGUGGGAAAGGAACAAGGCAUAGACAAGUAUGGUGUCAACUGAAUGAUGACCAGCUAGAAGAUGUCUUCUGCAAUCCAAACUCUGUACCAGAAUCUGUGAGAUCAUGUGAACUUAAGGAAUGUGCAGUGUGGCAAGUGGGUCCCUGGGGAGAUUGCUCUGUUACAUGUGGCCAUGGAUACCAAGUGCGUGCAGUCAAAUGUGUUGCUAGCAUUUAUGGAACUAUUUUGGAUGAUGAUAGAGAGUGCAGUGCUGCUACACAGCCAAGAGACAGCCAGGAAUGUGAGAUGCCAUCUUGUCCAGAACCCAUUAAGCCAUGGCCAACUUCAGUUUCCAUCAUCCAGACUGACAAAGUGAUUCAGUGGAGAUACGGAUCAUGGACACCAUGUUCCGCAUCUUGUGGAAGGGGAAACCGUGCUCGCUAUGUAAGCUGUCGAGAUGGACUUGGGAGAGUAGCAGAAGAAUUGUUUUGUGUCCAUUUACCUAGACCAGAAGAGCUUUCGAGCUGCUUUAGUCCAUGUGGUGUUUGGCAGGCUGGAAGCUGGUCACCUUGCACAGUUACAUGUGGUAAUGGAAUAGUAACAAGGGAAGUUGUCUGUGUCAACCACCAUCAACAAAUUGAUGAGAAUUACUGUGAUCCCGAAGGCCACCCUGCAAAAGAACAAGAAUGUAACAUGCCACCCUGCCAGCCAGAUUAUCGUCAUGUUCUGGAUAUACAUGAACAUCCAAGCCAUCGGGAUUAUCCUCCAGUUCACAAGGUGCAUCCUUCACAUGGCAAUGUAAACUCAAGGAACCAGCACUCUUCUCCUCAAGGAAGUCAAUGGAGAACAGGUCCAUGGGGAGCAUGUUCAAGUUCUUGUGCUGGUGGAUUUCACCGUCGGGUUGUAGUUUGCCAAGAUGAGGAUGGACAAAGCACUAGCUAUUGUGAUGAGACUUUGAAACCACCAGACUUGAGCCAUUGUGAUUCUGGUCCCUGUCCAAGAUGGAACUAUGGGAGCUGGGGAGAAUGCACUCAAACAUGUGGUGAUGGAAUAAAGACACGAUUAGUUAUCUGUCAGCUUCCAAAUGGUCAAGUGCUGAAUGAUCAAAGCUGUGAAAUACUAGGAAAACCUCCUAAUACAGCACAGUGUAACAAUAUAAAUUCAUGUCCUAGUGAAGUUUCAUGGCAUCGUGGACCAUGGAAAUCGUGCUCUGUGUCCUGUGGGAAGGGUUUAAAGGACCGUGAAGUAUAUUGCGUUAAUAACUUCAAGAUUAAACUGGGAGAAGAUGCAUGCAAACAUUUAAAGAAGCCUAGAACCCACACAGUUUGCAGAGCUGGCAGAUGUCCUGAAUGGAAGAUGAACCGAUGGAAUGAGUGUUCUGUGACCUGUGGAGAAGGAAUACAGCAACGUGAUGUUUACUGCAGACUGAGGCACAGUGGUCGAGUUAAUAAAACCAUGUGUAAUCAUCUUACCCAACCACCUAGUAUAAAGCUCUGUGUGCUGCCUCCCUGUGCAAGAUACCAUUGGUUAGCUGAUGAAUGGCAAGAUUGUCCUUUGGCAUGUCAAAAAAAGGAAACAUACCGGAAUGUGAAGUGCCUGGAUGAAAAGGAGAAUGAAGUAAACGAAAGGCUGUGUAAUCCUGCUGUGAAACCAACAUCCAUUAAAAAAUGCAGAAAGGCUUCUUGUAAAUAUAUUGUGAUUACAGUUGACUCGUCACAGUGCCCAGCUGGUUGUAAUCUUGAGUACCAGCAGAAGAUCACAUACUGUGUUGAAGCACAUGAUGCUUGGAACAGCCAUUCCUAUGGCCUUCAAUCCAUAGCUUAUCGAGACUGCCCACUUAUUCAAUCAUCUCCUAUUAAUACAUGUGACAUUAAGGCUUGUCUCCAUGUUGCAACUUGGAAAGUUGGAAAAUGGCAUAAGUGCUCAAUGCCUUGUGGAAUGGGGAUAAAAGAAAGAAGAGUGGAAUGCAUGACAGAAAAUGGUUUAUCCAGUGACUUGUGCCUCUUACAUUUAAAACCAGUGGCUAGAAGGAGAUGUCACUCAAAAGACUGUGAGAUGAUAACUAGCUGCAUAGAACUCCAGAUAAGAAAAAAGAUUCGAAAGGAUGGUGAAUAUUUACUUAACGUUAAGGGGAAAAUGAUAAAGAUUUAUUGUUCAGACAUGGGGCUAGAAAAUCCCAAAGAAUAUGUAACAUUGGCUAAAGGGGAAGCAGAUAACUUUUCAGAAGUAUAUGGAUAUCGGCUGCAGAAUCCAUAUGAAUGUCCUUUUAAUGGAAGCAGACGUCAAGACUGCAUGUGCAGGAAUGACUACCCUGCAGCUGGCUACACCCUUUUUAGAAAAAUAAGAAUUGAUCUCAAGUCUUUGGAAAUUAAAACUACUGAUUUUCGCUUUGCCCAGACCAUACAUGGAAAGCCUGUUCCUUUCGCCACAGCUGGAGACUGCUAUAGUGCUGCAAGAUGCCCACAGGGGCAGUUUGGCUUCAAUUUGGCAGGCACUGGACUAAGGCUAUCCAACACAGCAAAAUGGAUUGCUCAGGGAAAUUAUGCUACUGUUCAGAUACAUAAAUCGCAAGAUGACACUAAAAUAUAUGGAAGAUGUGGAGGAUUCUGUGGGAAAUGUCUUCCAAAUGGAAACAUUGGUCUCCAACUUCAGCUACAGUAAAAGAAAAUGUCAAGGAAAACAUAUUCCUUAAUUAUCAGUAUUGAUGAUGCUGUUAUUUUUACUGUUCUUUCAACUGUUCUUUUAGAGAUCCAAUGUGGUAUUGUUGUUAGAGUGUUGGUCUAGGACACUGGAUGACCAGGGUUUGAAUCCCAGCUCAAAUGUUGAAACAUACUGGGGUGACCUUAGGCAAGUCACACUCUCUCAGCCUCAGAGGAUGGCAAUGUCAAAUUCCCUCUGAACAAAUCCUUCCAGAAAAACCCUGUAAGAGGCUCAGCUUAGGGUCUCUGUAAGUUAGAAAUGACUUGAAGCCACACAAACCAAUAUUCAUUCACUCUUUCUAUAUCAAACCAUAAGACCCUAAUGAUCUGGGGUUAGAGAUUCAAAUAAUUUACUCCUACAUUUGUUGUCAAGGAAAUAUGUGCAUAAAUGGCAGUGAUCAAUCCUUAGGUUUUUACAGACACCUUAAGAAUUUUCAGUGAAAGGAAACUGGUGGCGCAAGGAGCCUUGGUGGCACAGUGGUUAAAUGCCUGUACUGCAGCCACUCACUCACAAACCAUAAGGUUGUGAAUUCAAUACCAGCCAGGG